CCUUAUUCUUCACAAACCACUCAACUCGGAUUUUGUCCAUCUUGGCACCUACCUCAGGGCCUGCGCAGCUCUUGCGAACCCGUCUGGAGUAUCUCUUUGAAGUGCGGUCCUCACAAGACCCACAGUCCGCCGGUCCUCUCAUACAAUCGCCAUGGAGGCAGUUGGGGUCGCCGUCAAUCUCCUCACCGUCAUUGACAUGACGGCGAAGGUCGGUUUGCUCUGCUUUCAGUAUGGCCGGGAUGUCAAACAUGCCAAAGCCGAUAUCGAUCGACUUCACACUGUCGUCACCAAUCUCCAGAAGACGUCAGAGAGCGUCCAGAAAUUGCUACAGGGCCCUAACGGGGCGCGUCUUGAGAGCUCACAGAAUCUGGCCACUGGGUUGCACCUCAGUCUCUCGCAGCUUGAAGCGCUGGAGGAGAAGCUCAAACCUCGGACGUCGAAGAAAUUAAUGAGUCGGGUGGGAUUCUGUGCUUUACAGUGGCCGAUUCAAAAACGUGAGGUUGACAGGUUCAUUCAAGAACUUGGACAACAAACGGAAAUCAUUUCUUUAGCACUCCAAGCAGACCAGACGACUGUCCUCCUUGGAGUCGAUCAAAAGAUCGCUGUCAUCGACCAAAAAACAGUGCUAAACACGCUGCCUAUUGCCGAAGGUGCUUCCUUCGACUCCCGCGAGGAGGAGCAUAAUCCGACAUGCCUUCCAGAAACACGCGUCGCCCUCCUCAGCCACAUAUCUAAAUGGGCUGAUGACCCCCAAGCUGCGGAUAUAUUCUGGCUUAAUGGGGUAGCUGGAGUCGGAAAGUCUACGAUAUCUCGAACCAUUGCUCGCAAUUUCUCCCAGUCCAGCUACCUUGGAGCCAGUUUCUUCUUCAAAAGAGGCGAGGCUGACCGAGGAAACCUGUCCAAAUUCUUCACAACAAUAGCUUCUCAGCUAGUACGAGUCGAACCGAGUCUCGCACCUCACAUCAAAGAAGCAAUCGACAAAGACCCGAUGAUUUUUGGAAAAGCGUCGCGAGAGCAGUUUGAGCAGCUCAUCAUGCGUCCUCUUUCCCAUAUUGCCCAAGAGCAUCAUAAAUCAGUGCCGGUUGUCAUUGUCAUUGAUGCACUUGACGAGUGCGAACGGGACGCUGAUAUCAAGUUCCUCAUCGACGGCCUGUCUCGUGCGACGUCAGUGCAGUCCCUUCGAUUGAGGAUAGUCGUUACCAGCAGGCCAGAACUGCCUAUACGCCUUGGAUUUGACGCGUUGGGUACCCACCAACAAAUAAUCCUCCACAAACUGCCGCCACCCGUAAUUGAGCAUGACAUAUGCGUCUUCCUACAGCAUGAGCUUGCGAUCAUCAGACGCGAUUACAAUCGA